AACCACCGUAACAGAAAACUCGUUUCAGAACCCCCAAAAAUUGAAGCAGAAGCUUCUUACACCUGUGGAAAUGGCGGCUUCCGAUUCCAAUGUCCCUCAGCGCCAAUCGCAGCCCUCAAACCAACCUCCACCACAAAACCCGACUCCGACUCCGACUCCGGUUCAGCAUCCGGCUUCUUCUGCUUCUCCAUCAGCUUCUUCUUCCAAGAGUCACCUGACGCACAAAAAUCAGCUGCAUGAAUAUGCCCAGCGAUCAGGCAUUUCGCCUCCUGUUUAUCGGACUGUUAAUGAAGGAAUGAUAAAUAGACCAGUCUUUAGGUCUGCUGUGUUGGUUGGUGGAGUUUGCUAUACUUCACCCGACACAUUUCCUGGGCGAAAAGCUGCUGAACAAGAUGCAGCGAGACUUGCCAUGAUUAGUUUAACAGAGAAGAUAAAGGAUGAAGUUCGUCCUAUUCCUCCUAUUCCUUCUGUUACUCCUGUUCAUGAGGAUCUGAUGUUGUACAAGAUGAUGCUGAAUGAAUAUAGAACGAAGAGGAAUAUUGAACCACCUACAUACCACACUUUUCAGGGAAAAACGAAGGUUCCAUUUUUUGUAUCUUCUUUGGUUUUCAAUGGUGUGACUUUUACAGGGGAAGUUGCAAAAAGAAAGAAAGAGGCUGAACAGUUGGCGGCUCGUGCUGUUGUCCAAUCGCUUCUAGGUGAUUCUGAAUCAGCGCCCAUUAUGUUGGAGAUCCUUAGGUCUAAAAACAAACUUGCACAUAAGAGUAAGGAGCCAGCCGGUUCUCAUGCCAGUCUUGCUACUUCAGCAGUAAACGCAGGUCAAAGUUAUGUAAUCUCGACUGACACUCCAAUAGCUGCUGCACCUGAGGCAUCUUUGGGAAUGCAUCCUCCACACCAUGAAUUUAUCAAACGGAAGCGAGAGGAACCAGCUUCUCAAGCAACCCCCCAGCUUCCCAUAACUUCGUUGGCUGCUGCUCCAACUUCUUUGUCAACUGCCCCAACUUCCUUGGUUGCUGCUCCAACUUCCUUGCCCCCUACUCCAACUUCUUUGGGCGUCUCUCCAACGUCUUGUGCUGUUCUUCCAGCUUCCAAAAAGCGGCGUAAGAACAUAAAGGCUGAAAAGAACUUGCAGAAUAAUGCCCAUUUGCCAGUUGGUAAGUUGAACUUGAAUCAACGAGCAUCUUGUUCAGUGUCGCAAUGAAUACGAUAACCGCGUGGUAUUUAUUGCAAGGUGUAGGUCAGGCUCUUAUGUAUUUAGAUUUUGUUGGACAUUUAGACUGCUUCUGCAGGAUAAGACAUUGCGGUCGCAUGCUAGGAAAUUGGAAAUGGUUCGACUCGGAUGUAUGUUUCUCUCUCUUUGUAUGGUAAAAAUUUCCUUUACAUUGCCAUCGACGUCUUAUAUCUUAUGCUUUUAGUUGGAACUGGAUUCUGAUUCAAAAUUUGCUUAAAAAGAUAGGACUUUAGCGAGCUUCCAUCAAUUACAAAAUUACCAAUUGCCAAGUUAUUUUGGCUUUGUAAUAAAACAGAAUAAGGAUUCGAAAUCAGACUAUUGCGUGGAAGUUUUAUA